GAAGGGGAGGCGACGGUGGCGUUGACAUGACGGCACGUACGUUUUCAUCAUAACGAAGCUUGUUGCAUUACGACUUGCACGAGUGCCAAGCUUACAGCUUUUCAUCUCUUUCUCCCGUUGUGGUUUAACUUAUUAACAAACCAGCUAUGAACUUUUAGGCGCCCAAAUGGUCUGUGACAGCAUUCACAUACCCUUUCGAUGAUAGAUUGAUGAUAAGUGAUGUCAAUCAGAAUUAAAGUCUGUGUUUGGCUUCAGGAAAUCACUCAACUGCACUCUAUGGUAUGGGAGACGCCACUCAUCUUUGUUUAGAAGUGUAAAUAUAAUAUUACUUCUGUUCCACCAGCCCGCUCUUAUUAAGGAUCCUAACGAAACGGAGAGCUUUUUCGACACACAAACGAACGCGUUGGACUGUGUGCCCCUCUUGUGAUCAGCAUUUUAAGGGAUUAGAUACACUCAGUCGCUAUAUUUCUUCAUGCCGAAGUCUGUUUUUUGUGGAAAGUAAUCUAUUCAACUGCAGUGAAUCGCAUCAAGAGAUUAUAAAAAGGCUGGUAUAUACCUUGGACCAAUAAUUUUCCGAUUGAGUUACCCGGUCUAUUCAUCCACCUAAUCGUCAACUAAGAUCAUACCAAUAAUGGGGAUCAUCGACGGGAACGUUCACGACGUCGGAUUCGACAACGUCACAUCGCUUGAGAAUAUGCUUCCAAAUGGUGCCCCACCUCGAAGCGAUUGGUUGGUCCUGUCCAUUGUGUUAGUGAGCUACUGCGGGGCAGCCAUAGCCAUGUUCGGCAUGGGUUGUUUCAUCUCAAUGGACGACUUCUCCCGUAAAGAAAUGCAUCUUCCGCAGAGUGUGAUGAUCGGUCUAGGACUCCAGUACUUUAUCCAGCCCCUGGUCGGUUACCUCCUCGCCCUCGUCCUCGACAUGAAAGUCUUCGAUGCCCUCGCCAUGAUCAUUCUCGCGGUGUGCCCCGUAUCGCCGUUUUGUUCCGUGCUCGUCUACUACGGCGAAGGGUUCGUCACUGUCGGACUGUGCCUUACUAUGUUCUCUACAGCUUUAUCUAUUGGGCUCAUUCCAUUCUGGUUCUCCUUCUACUCAAGUGCAUGGUCAAAUGCAUAUUACAUCAUAGGUACCUCCACUGAAAUCUUAUUCACCGAAGUCAUCAUCUUCCUACCAGUUGCACUAGGGUUGCUUUUCAAGAGACUGGCAGGGGAAAAGCGAGCGAAGAAAGUGGCCAAGAUUUGCAGCUUUGCUUUUGCAGUGACUGCUGUCGUCUGUCCCAUCUUAAAUGCCAUAGACAACCCUAGUCACUAUGUCGGUGCCUGGCAGCUCUGGGUAGGUGGCUGCCUCCUGCCCUUCGUCGGGUUUGUAUGCGGGCUCAUCCUCGCCUCGUUAUUCAAGCUACCCUACGAGGCCUGCAGCGCAGUCUCACUGGCGGUCGGCACGCCCAAUUGGUUCAUCGCGACCGCUAUAGCUUGGAACUGUUUCCAGCAUGACGAGACAGCUCUCCACGAGGUACUCACACUCGUAUCCAUCUUCAGCAUCUCGAUGCCCAUCGAGGGUUUCAUCUGGUCCGUCACUUAUUACGCCAUCGAAGAGCUCAUCCGUAAGAUUUACCCCAAGAUCGUCACGAUGUUUGACGAUCCCGAUAGCGACUUUGAGGACGAAUCGGUCGGAGGGGAUGACGAAGAAAAGAGCGGGAAACCAGAGAGAGUGAUGUAUAUACUCGGGCAAGUGCUGGACGAUGAUGAAGUAUAUUAACCAUACAUGUAAAUAAUGUGACCUCACCUCACUUAAUAAAUUGGGACGAUAUAUACUCAUUUUCAGAAUGAAGGGGGGGGGGGAGCACAGCCAAAGAUAAUACACUCCAUAAUGAUAGAAUGAAGUUCAUUCCGAUUUGUUUUUUAGGGAGUAAUUCGCUAUCCCAAGUACAGACGCCUGCACGUACAUUCUGCCUUAAAACGCUUCGAAUCAGAACUGUAAAUUUCAUCAUUGCAAGCAGUAUUGGUGAAACCGGGGUCAAAGGGAUCAUUAUCCCUCAGUUUCCCCAAAAGAAUGAAAGUGCCCAUGUGUUGAGAAAGUGCCCUUCCCAUAUAAACAAAUGCCCCCUCCCCAUGUGGGGUUCAUUACCUCUUCCAUGUGUCCUUGCUUUGUACUUUUUGGAAGAAAACAGUUGCCUUAUGUAUGAAAAUGUAGAUCCCAGUCUAUUCCCUAAUUGUGCUUUGUUUUGAUUCACAGAAGAAAAUGCCAUUAUAUCCAAGCCGAAAUCAGUAAAGACCAGUUCUAUUCAUGCGAUUGCAUUGUGAAAGAAACGCUGUGGAAUCGUUAGAUUUAAUUGAUUUUUCUUUAACACCAUGCCUUAAAAAAUCAUUCCAUCGUCAACAUUUGCAUGAAAAUUGUUAUCCUAAGAAGUGAUUGGAUGGUAUGUUUUCCAGAUCGUGGCAAUGCACUCUGAAAAGACUAAAGAACUUUAAAAACUGAUUAUGUAAACAAACAAACAAACAAAAUCCGACUAGUAACCUUUUUCAAUGAGAAAACUCUGAUAAAAUAAAUUAAUAAUGCAGCAGUGACUGUCUGCUAAAAAGUCUGUUCUCUUGCACAUAUCUGCAAGUGUAGGCAAUCGGCUGCUGUUGAGCGGGAGCAUAAUGGUUUAGCAUUGAUUGAGAUGGGUGGUUUUUUUUGGGGGGGGGGGUGGGGGGAGGGGUGCGCGUGAAGAAAUUGCGGGUGCUGGAGCCCCCAACCCCGCUGUCGAACCACUGUUGAAUAGUUAUAAGCCCACGGUUCCUUCCGAUGUAUUAAUUCACCAUCUUGAAGUGAAAUGGAAAAUGAUGGAAUUAAAUGGAAAUUAUGCACAUGCUGUAGGGAAAAAAGAGUUACGUAUUACAUUUUUCAUUUAUUUCAUCCCAAAAUGGAAAUUCACUCGAUGUGACACUAAUUGACUAAUGAUUUUUUUACGGUAUGACUAUGUAAUAAAAAAAA